UUGAUACGAUUGAACGACGAGAUGAAUGCGCAAAAUAUGUUGAACGUGUUCAAGUUAGACGCGGAUUACCUCGCUUUCGAGGAGAAAUACAAGCAGUUGCGCAAAGAGAUUCUCGGCUCGGACGUUAGCGACUCGGAAAAGGACGACAAGGACGGAGAGGAGGAGAGCUCGUCCAACGAGAGCGACGCAGAGCAGACCGAGAGAAAAAAGGGGGUGAUAUUCGACAACACGGAGACAAAUCUGAUCGCGUUGCGAGAAACUAUAUAUCUGACAAUAGGAUCGUCGCUCGUCUUCGAGGAGUGCGCGCACAAGUUGAUGAAAUUGCAACUGAAACCCGGGCUGGAGAUCGAGCUGUGUCAUAUGGUCGUGGACUGUUGCGCAGAGACGCGUACGUACGAGAAGUUUUUCGGCCUUCUGACCGGUCGGCUUUGCACAAUCAACAAGAUAUAUGUAACGCCGUUCGAGCAGAUCUUCAAGGACGCGUAUCACACGAUACACC